AUGGCCGGGAAGGGAAAGACUUUAAAGGAGUUGAUGGCCUCUCGAGGGAAAGGUCAGUCAUCAAAGGGUCAGUCAUCAAAGGGCCCAACUCAGUCACAGGCCCUGACCCUUCCUCCUGUGGCCCCUCAGGACACCUCGGACCUUGGCCUUAAGAUUACUCAGCAGGUAUUUGUGGCUGAGGAAUUUUGCCGUGAUAAUCGCAGUCGGGCUGAGGCUGAGACCCAGUCUCGGACGGAGAUGGAGAAAACCCUGGGGUCUCCAAAGCACGACCACCUUGAACUCACGGAGAAGUUUAAGGAGUCGGAGAAGCGGCGCAAGAGCGCUGAGGCUGGUUUGAAAAGCGCUGAGACCCAGGCUGAGGACCAGCGCAAAGAGCUGUACUCGACCCAGAUUAACCUUGCCACCGAGAAGCAGGCAGUGCUGGAUCUCAAGACUGCUAUGCAAAAAGUUGAGGAUGAGCUGCGGCGGGUCAAAGAGGAGGCUCAGCUGAUCCGUGAGGCCGCAGAGGCUGAAAAGAGUGCUGCUCUCCAGCUUGGGGCCCAAGAAACGGAGGAGAUCCGAGAGAAUCCUGAUGGCGCCCAAGAGGCUUCGGAGGAAAAUUUGGCGGUGCCUGAUGCCGUCCCUGUGCCUGAUAAGGCAAAGGAUCCUGUCACGGAUCCUGCCAUCGAGGUUCCUCCUCCUCAGCCCGAGCCAAAGGAAGAUCCCCCUGCUAAGGCGUAG